CAACUCUAUCUUUAGCAUCAACCCACUAUGUCUGGACUUGGAGCCCCUUUGUCCGUAUUUCGAGGACCACCAUGUCCUUUGACAAGCUCCGUGGACGGCUGAAGGACUUGGACCUUAAAGAAAAGUUUGACGAGUUCUACGGUGGUGUUAAAGAUGUUGGAGGAAAGGUUUCGAAAAAAGCGGGUGGAACGAUAUCCAAGGCUGGGAAAACUCUAUCAAGAGCAGCGAGUGGGACGCUGUACAAAACCAGCACGGUAGGGAAGACUUUUGGUGCAAAGUCCCAGAACGAUGGUCUCGCGGACCUCAAGGAUAUGGAAGGUUCUCCGAGACAAGCACGCAACAAAUCGCUGCCUUCUUUGACUCUCUUGGCGACGCUCAGUGAUAAAGACCUUAAGCGACAAGUAAAAAGCAGCAGCGCCGAGAUACUGGGUCAGGGAGGGUUCUCACGAGUUGUCAAAGCACAAAUGGCAAAUGGAUCUGUGGUUGCAGUUAAAGUCCACGAAAAGAGAAAGAACGAGACAAAGUAUCAGUUCAAAGCGCGAGUUGAAAGGGAAAUAUCGACAAUGACCAAGGUGUCGGACCACAUCAAUGUGGUAAAGGCUCUUGAAACAAUUGACGGUAACAAACGAAUAUACGCGGUAAUGGAGUUUGCUACGGGGGGAAGUCUUGAAGACAUUAUGAUUUCUUCCGUCGGUGCAAUGCCCCUCGCAGAACUUCAAUGCAACUUUAAGAAACUCAUUCGCGUAAUCUUGUACUUGCACUCUCACCACAUUGUGCAUCGCGAUAUAAAACCUGGCAACGUCCUGUUCACAUCCGAUGGAACGCUAAAACUCUCCGAUUUUGGAUCCGCGGCCGACACUCAAAAUGUUAUACACAUGCUGACAUCAUUCGGUGUCACCGACUUGUGGUCCGCUCCAGAAGCCACUUCGUCCGGUGCAUCACCGAUAUCUCCGAAUCCUUCCAGCCCGGAAAAGCUCGACGUGUAUUCUUGUGGAGUUCUAUUUCUUUUGAUGUUCUGGGGAUAUGAGAAAAUGGAUGGGUGGCUGGCAGAGGGUGCCCAUCCAGUUAAAACCGAAGAAGGGUUUCCCCCAAAUCACCCUGCCAUCGUAGGACUGCCAGAUCACAUGAAAGGGAUAAUACAAAGAUUAUUGGAACGAGAUCCGGGGAAAAGAUGCUCGCUGGCGGAGGUGGAAGAGGAUGCGUGGUUCAAGGAAAUUAGAGUAUGUGGACAAGGUGGAGAUCCGGGUGUGGUACAUCAUCAUACAGUGCGACGCAAGUCCGAAACUGGAGCAAGUGCCCUUGCUGAUAAACCGCCACCUACUCCUGUCCGGAAGCGCCCGCUUUUGGAAGAACUCUGGCCGCUGGAAGGAAAUAAGUUGGAUCAUAAGGAUUCAGAAGGGGAUCAAUUACCUCGAAGCCCUCUAUCUGCCCAACUGGAAGGAACGGGAGUUGCGCUCAGUCCUGUUCUGCCGAUAGAGGAACAACCGGGUCAAAAGACAGUGAUAUUGGGAGAAGAGAUACAGGGUGAAGAGAGAUCACAUUGCCAGACAAGGAAGCAGGGGGACGAGGAUAUGCAGACUGCAAUGGGAUUCAAUGGGGAAGGGCCAAUGGAAGGGCCAAUUCUGUAAAUGAGUAACACGACAUUACAUUGAUAUAUGUUUGGUGGGUUCUACAAGAUAA